GAGAGGGGAGAUCAGCUGGACGAAAACACAGCCACUCUGGGGUAUAAAUCACACAUGGCGACUGACAGUCAGUGGAUUACUAAUCAAUUGUACUCCGUUUCACCGUCUGCGGUCGUCCUUGAUUUAAAACUCCAAGUAUCGUUCGUCGGUUCUCAAAUUUUUCAUGAUCUCAUCCCCCCUCUAAUCCUCUCAUAAAUUCAUCCAAACUGGCAGUAAUUCUCAGACCACCAUCUUCUGCUAUGUCUGACCUCCUUAGUCCUUCGGAAUCCCAUGAAUUCCACUCGUUUCUGUCAUCUAUCGAUUACAAUGCGGCCAACGAUGCCAGAAGUAUCUCCAGCGCCGAAUGGCACAACUACUCAGGCGAUGGCAUACCCAUACCACAACCACCUCACGGAAAGGGGAAAGAGGCUUUGGCAAAAGCUACGAAGGAUUUAAUGUCACUCGACUCAAGCUCCUGGGGUGCUUCGCCUGCCAUCAACUCUCAUGGCUCGUACAAUCUCGAUUCCCAUCCAUCUCACUCGACCCAGCACGGGCUUGAAGAGUCUCAGCAUAGCAUAGCAUACCAUCCUCAGCCUCGACAUUCUAUCCCAACAAGCGUCUCCUUUCCUUACCUUACGAAACAACGCCCAUUUCCUUCGCCGUCCUCAUUAGGCCAGAGCCGAUCGGAUCCUUCCGUUGCACCAAUACAUGCCACAAAUGGCGUGAAUAAAUCCACCAUCCUCCCUACUUCCUCUUCCUCCGCGUCAUCCUUUUCUUCUCGCAGCUCCAACGCGGGUACAUCAAAUUCCGCCCUGCCGUCUGCUCCGAGUUCCGAUACCCUCCCGACGAACGACACGCUCGAAACUAAGAAUCGCAAUAAAAAGCGUACACUGGACUCUUCUACGCAAUCCUCCAACAAACGUCAUCGACCGUCCUCUCCGUCCAUGUCUGGUACGACGAAGUCCACGCUACUGUCGCCGUUACAAAAGAAGGCAAAUCAUAUUCAGUCUGAACAGAAAAGACGAGCGAAUAUUCGCAGGGGGUACGAGGCGCUCUGUGAGACUGUCCCCGCUCUUAGAGAGGCCAUAAAACAAGAGCACGAGAUACAACCCACGAAUGGCGUGAACGGCUCAAAGAAGCCUAGGCGCGGUAGGGGCCGGGCAAAGGUCGACGAAGGAACAGGGGAAAAAAUUGAUGGAAGAGCUGGUCCCAGGAGUGAGAGUAUCGUUCUGGUCAAAACGAUUGAUUACAUUAACGAGUUACUGAGAGAUCGCGAAUCCUUACUUACUCGCUUACGUCGGGUCAACUUGUCUUUAGGACCCAACCAAAGCUACAAUUUGACCUCAAAUUCCGCGCCGCCUUUAUGGGAGAGGGCAUGGAACGGCGGUAGCGGCAAGGACGCUGAUGCUGAGGACGAUGAUGAAGAUGAAGAUGAAGAUGACGAGUGAACACUCCAUUCAGAAGAUGUAUAUCUGUAUCCUUUGCUCAACCACUAGUCGUUUGCUAUCACAGUUUGUUUACCACAUUUUCGUACUUUCCCCCCCCAUACUAUCUGUUGUUUCCCUAUAUCUUAUUCCUAUUAUUCUACACAAUUAACUGAUAUGCGUAUUUACAGCGUAAUUCUGCUCUUAUAUCCACACUUGCGGACACCGUUGUCUUUGUAUACCUACUCUAAACCAUCAAACACUCUGUAUCUCUAUCGAAUCUAGGCCUGUCCAUGUUCUUGGUUCCGUCGGUGACAGGUCGAGCCUGAACGCGACUUGAACACACGAAUCUUGUACAUACCCAAAUCAACCUCCUCAAGUAGUUGGUUCAUUUUCCCUCAUAGCUAGGAUAAUUUUACUUGGUAAUCAGCUCAGGCUAUUAUGUAUAAUAGUAACAGCUAAGGUUGGCUAUAGGUAGUAGAAUUAUUCCGGAUCCACAUAGACGUCAAUCGGAACAGUCGAGAUUUGUUUUUCCAC